AUGUCCUUCAACUCUUCAGAUGUCCCAUCUACACUGUAUUCGCUUGUUGAUGAACAGGGUGGUGGGAUUUUAUCACCAUGGAUCAAAUACGCAAGAUCUUCUGGCGACUACAGUAUCCUAGAGGAGUACUUGGAUACCGCGGUAAAAUCGUACCUGUACAAUGGUGGAAAAGGAAAACUUGUGCCUAUUUCGCAACUUGUAACUAUCCGCAACAAACAGAGAAAUGCGUUAUUGGGUGCGCUGAGAAGAAAAAAGGGACGUGGAAAAAGUGGACCAAAUAUUCUGGAACACAUUGAUCAGGAUGCGUUAUCAUCGGGAGAUUUUUUGAAGGCUUUGAAAGUUUUGGAUGGAGGAAUGAUAAAAGGGAGGAGGAGCUUUAAAUAUAGAGAGCUGGUAUGGGAUAUGGAUCAGAGAGGUAAGCACAAAACGGAAAACUUAAUGACUUUUUCUUGGGUUCCAGGUCGUCUUGGGGAAAAUUUACUCCACGUGUGCAUGCUGUUGAAUACAGCAGACAUGAAUGAGCUUGUCAAACAAAUGACUUAUCGAUUCCCAAAAAUUGUGAAUGACAUUUUUCUAUCAGAGGAAUAUUAUGGAUUGUCCCCGUUACAUCAAGCCAUAGUAAAUGAGGACUUGGAAAUGGUUUAUUUCUUAUGCAGAAAAGGUGCUGAUGUUCAUCAAAGAUGCUACGGCUCAUUCUUCUGUGCCGACGAUCAGAAGGCUUCGAGAACCGAUUCACUUGAGCACGAAUGGGUGGAUUUGGUACAGAGCACCAAAUAUACGGGACAAAUGUACUGGGGCGAGUACCCAUUGUCAUUCGCAGCGUGUACAAACCAAGUGGAUUGUUUUCGGCUUCUUCGCGCAAUGAAAGCCGACCCCAACAUGCCUGAUACCAAUGGAAAUACAGUACUCCAUUUGGCAGUGAUACACGAUUUACCAGAAAUGUUCAUGUUGGCUGUGGAACUUGGGGCUAAUCUUCAUGUCAGAAAUAAUUUGAAACUCACACCGCUUGCCUUGGCGGCUAGACUUGCCAAGAAGCAGAUAUACGAUUUGAUCUUGGAGUGUGAUAUGGAUAUCUCAUGGAGAUACGGACCAGUGGUUUGCAAAGCUUACCCGCUGAAUGAUGUGGACACUAUCAAUGAAAGCGAUGGUUCGUUGAACCCGAAUUCCGUGAUCGCGAAUGUAGUUUACGGAGACAAAGUGGAGCAUUUGGAAUUCUUUGACGGGCUCAUCGAGGAGAUUCUGGAGAGCAAAUGGCAGACGUUCGGCAAGAAACAGCUGUUUAUGUCGCUAGCGGGAUACAUUUAUUUUUUGGCAGUGUUCUAUUUAGCAUUUAUGACUAGAGAUGCUCAUGUUUUACCAAAAGACGGGGAUGACGAGGAAGAAGUCAUCGAAGCAGACUAUACCAAUUAUACAGAAAUAUUGAGUGCUGGACUGAGUUUGAGAGAGCACUUGGCAAUAGCCAGAUUAGCAGAAAGGAAAGUUCUACCUGCUCACUGCCAUCUAUGGGAUUAUUCCGGCCCAUCUCAACAGAUCCGAAUGAUAUGCGAAAUCCUCUGCCUUCUUGCUGUUGUUGUGAGAACAUUCAAAGAUUGUAUUGACGCGCAUCGCACUGGUUUUAGUCGAUGGUGGAACUCGAUUAAAGCAUUCCCGGAAAAAGUACUACAUAAAUGCUGUCAACUAUUGGUGAUAUGUACAAUUCCACUUCGACUCGGAUGUUAUUUAGAUGAUAGCUUUUUGGUGAUUGAGAAUUUCAUGGUUGUCUGUAUUGUCAUCAUGAGCACCCUUCAUUUUCUUUUCUACUGCAGGAGUCUCAAAUUCGUUGGUCCAUUCGUGUUGAUGGUCUACAAGAUUAUCGUACGCGAUAUGCUCCGAUUCUUGCUCAUAUACUCAUUUUUCCUGAUGGGAUUCGCUCAAGCAUUUUUUGUGAUUUUUAAGUCUUGUGAAAAAGCGGAGAUUGACUUUCGAGAAAGACACAACUACACUGACGAUGAUGAGUACAUUGAGAAAUUUGAAAAUAUAAUGGAAGAUGGUUGGGAAGCGGUCAUGAGAAUGUUCAUCAUGAGUGUUGGCGAGUUCGGUGCACUUUACAAGAAUCUGAAUGAGUGUAAAAGCAGUAUUGCACCACAGUCAAAGGUCUUCUUCAUUCUCUUUGAAUUGAUUGUAACUGUGAUGCUUCUGAAUUUACUCAUUGCCAUGAUGACCCGCACCUAUGAGAAAAUAGCAGAAACCGAGAAAGAGUGGAAACGACAGUGGGCACAAGUGAUUCUGAUGCUCGAACAAUCGUCAUCCGCUUCUGAACGUCUUCUUUCUUUGUACCGAUAUACUCGACCGAUCCGUUCCGACAAGCGUAGGCGAGCAUUUGUGGUGAAAGUCAAAUGCGAUGAUCGUCAACAGCCCCAGUUCAAAUUAAUUCCUCCACGCGGAAAACCGUCCAUUCGACUGUCCAAUAACAGCUCUAUACACGUUUUACACGUUCUCUCCAAGAAUAACAUGUGA